AUUCUGUUGAUAUCUCGAGUAGGUUAAACCUGUCAGAUGUUUAGUUGGAAACAGCGGUUUAUGCAUGCAGUGAACGCGAUAAAUGCAUCUGGAAAAGCUAAGUUUCGCUUUUCGUGAGAUCCACUAUUGGUGGGAGUUUAGGUGAAGAUGUGGGGAUCAAGCAGUACGAAGUCUCUGACCCACUGACAUUCUCUUUAGUUACUUGGUAGAAACAAACGCUGAUAAUUCGUGACUCAGACUUUCGAUGUUCGUGAUCAGGAUUAUUAACAAAAUAGUAUCUGAAGAAGAAAGAUAGCCGUCAUCUUGAAGGAUCACAACCAGUCGAGUCUCGUUUUGAGAUGCGGCGAAAUCGUGGCUUGCUAACUAGUGUUGCUGUUUGCUUGACAGUUUUCUUCAUUGUUUUAAAUUCGAAAUCAACAGUGGAAACUGUAAACGAUACAGGAAGUAGCAUAGAAAAGCCUUACGCUGGAGAACAGGAAGUCCAUAAAGGUCAGACGUAUCGAUACGUUACACCUUCUCUUGCUGAAUUGGGUGCUCGUGGAAGUUUGCCUAAAAUGAACCAGCAUGUUUUAAUGCUGACGCGUGUACCCGAUGCUGGAGCUGAAUUGUUAGUCUUGAUCCUACAACGUCUGCAGGGUUACAAUGCGUUUAAACAUAUACGAUUACCACCUGGUGAUCAUGGGCUUCUAUCAACUCUGCAAGAGGAACUGUUAGUAGAAGAAAUUACUAGUAUCAUUAGACAGGAAGCGAUUCCUUUGAGUUUCGACGGAGAUGUUAGAUUUCUGAACUUCUCCAAGUUCGGAAGAGAGUCUCCGACGUUUAUUUCCCUAGUGAGAAAUCCUAUGUGUGCGCAUAAUUUGCGGAGAUAUCGUGAAAGGCGAAGUGACAUGCUUCAUAGAGCCAUACCUACGUUCUGCGGUCAAGAUCCUCGAUGCGCAAAGAUAAAUAACAAAUGGGCGUUAGAACGAGCAAAGGCAAAUAUCGUUGAAUGGUACCCUGUUGUCUGUAUAUUAAAUUACAUGGAACAAUCCAUAGAUGUACUGGAGUACAAAUUUCCAUAUUUCUUUCGAGGUGCUAAACGUAGUUACAGAAAGAUUCAGCCGAGAAAAAGACAUUUUUCUGAUCCAACACUUACGCUAAGAGCUCGAGAAAGAGAUAUUUUAUUUAAGCUUCUUCAGGAUGAGAUAGAAUUUUAUCAAUGGUUAAAAUAUCGACUUUUGAACGAAACAUUGAUCGACAUUGAUUAAAGCCAUGAAAUUUACACGAUGAUAAGUGUUUAGUUUCAAAAUAUACCAAAGAUAUUAAAUAUUCCAAUAAUAAUGAUUUUAUAGAGAAAUAAAUUUGAUUAAAAAUUUUUUUAGGAAGAAAGGAUUUUAGUUCCUGUAAAAUUAGAAUACUGCACAGGAACGAUAUGCAUCUCAUUUGCUUAGAAUCGACUCCUCUUGCUUAGUGAAAAUUCCUAGAAAAUAUAGGAUAUACAGAAGAAACUACUUUUCAAUCUUCAUAGUUUAUAAUUUAUUAAUUUUUACAUUUUUAUUAUAAAUUUAUUGUAACGGUAGCAAUAAUUUAUACGUUUUCCAUGUCAGCGUUACACUUAUGUUUCUAUAAUAGCUGUUUUCAACGUGUAAACUACGUUAAAGUAUCCUCGUUGUCUUUCGAUGCAUUGGUAGAAAUUUUCUCUCUGAUAAUACUCAUAGGGUAGACAACAAUCGAAACUUUUAUUGAGCAGUGAUCAUCGAUUGGGAAUAAUCACAGCACGUACAAAAAUUGUGUCAUGUGAGGUUCCAAAUACGUAAUUUUUGUUACUGUAAUAUACAUUAAUCUAUAAUAAUUUGUUUAAACUUGAUAUUAAUUACAUUUAUUAGCAUAUAAUUGAAAGUAUAAGAAUCUAAGCCUUUUUUCCCCUUUAGGCAUGAUAUAAAGAGGAUAUUUCGUUGAUAUUCAGUUCGUACGACGCAAAAUCCGAUAAAAUACCUAUAUUAUAGCUGGAUUAGAUAGUUAUAUUUAUAAUCGUAAUAUUUUAAAUGUACAAAGCAAGCUUCAAACACGGUUUUACUAUUCUCGAGGGAGAAGGUAUUAGAUAAUUAUCUUUUAAAGAAAUAUAUUU